AUGGAGAAGCCCGGGGGCCAUGGCACAGCCGGUUGUAAGCCCUUGACCACAUUUGUACAAACAGAUACAAAUACUUUCCGAGAAGUCGUACAACGGCUAACUGGCCCAUCAGAAGGUAAUGCAGAACAAGAAGGGGCAGCAAUGAAGGUUGUGGGUCUAAAGAGAGCAACACCAAAACUCCAUGAGAGAAGGCAAUACUCUAGGCCUAGACUUGAGAUAGUUAAACCCCCACUCCAAUUUAAACCUGCAGGCACGUCAACCGACCAACACCCUAGCUUCUCCCCAACCUCAUCAGGGAACUCAGGUUUUCUCCCAAGCCCUGUGACCCCUUGUACAAUUUUCUCAAGGCUAUGCAUUCUAGAAGACGAAAAGAAAGGAGAAUCAGCAAUACCUGAAUUGAAUAGUCAAGAAGAAGAGAAAGCCAUCAAAGAGAGGAGAUUUUAUUUGCACCCAUCACCCCGGUCCAGACCAGGAUACUCUGAGCCAGAAUUGCUUACCUUGUUCCCUCUAACAUCUCCAAAAACAACUGAGAAACCAUGA